GUUGCCGGCAAAAUUUCGAGGAUGAAAUGUAUGGGAACAGGAAGGACAACAGAGCAAAGGAGGAAGGGAUAAUGCCCAAUUGAAGUUUCAAACCUCAGAAAGCCAACCAACAAUGACGACUCUGCUCACUCCUCCUCCUAAACUUCUCUUCUCUACCGACAGUCGAACCUGCUGCCCUCUGCAGCCCCUCGCAUCUUCUUCUUCAUCUGCUCUCUCCUCUAACCUUUCGUUCUCACUCUCGCUUCCCUCUCUCCUCAAAACCACCACCAGUAACAGGAAGAGGAGAUGGCGAAGGCUCUUCUGUCAGGGAAAAGGCGCGACGAACGGCACCGCCGUGCAAGUCGGCCAGCAGCGUCUUCUCAAAGUUCCGGUCCCGAACAUCAGGAAUUUCAGCAUCAUCGCGCAUAUCGACCACGGGAAGUCGACCUUAGCCGAUAAAUUGCUUGAGACCACUGGUACCGUUCAGAAGCGAGAAAUGAAGGAUCAAUUCCUUGAUAACAUGGAUUUGGAGAGAGAGCGGGGCAUCACCAUCAAGCUUCAGGCUGCUCGAAUGCGUUACGUGUGUGAUGGUGAACCCUACUGCCUCAAUUUGAUUGAUACUCCUGGCCAUGUAGACUUCUCCUACGAGGUGUCUCGUUCGCUUGCUGCUUGUGAAGGCGCUUUGCUUGUUGUUGAUGCUUCUCAGGGAGUAGAAGCGCAAACAUUGGCUAAUGUUUAUUUGGCUUUGGAAAACAAUUUAGAAAUUAUUACGGUUUUAAAUAAAAUUGAUCUACCAGGUGCUGAACCGGAUCGUGUUCUCCAAGAGAUUGAAGAGGUUAUUGGCUUAGAUUGUAGCAAUGCCAUUCUGUGCUCUGCAAAGGAGGGUAUCGGGAUAACUGACAUUCUGAAUGCAGUUGUGAAAAGAAUUCCCCCACCCACUGAUACUUCUCAAAAGCCCUUGCGCGCUUUAAUCUUUGACAGUUACUAUGACCCAUAUCGUGGUGUUAUUGUGUACUUCCGUGUGAUAGAUGGGACCGUAAAGAAAGGUGACAGGAUUUAUUUUAUGGCCAGCAAAAAGGAUUAUUUUGUUGAUGAAAUUGGAGUUUUAUCACCGAAUCAGUUAGAAGUGGAUGAAUUAUAUGCGGGUGAGGUGGGUUACAUCUCAGCUUCUAUAAGAUCGGUAGCAGAUGCCAGGGUUGGUGAUACUAUUACGCACUUCAGUAGAAAGGCAGAGUCAUCACUACCUGGAUAUGAAGAAGCUACCCCGAUGGUCUUCUGUGGGCUGUUUCCGGUUGAUGCUGACCAGUUUCCUGAAUUACGUGAGGCACUGGAAAAGCUGCAGCUAAAUGAUGCUGCACUCAAGUUUGAGCCGGAAACAUCAAGUGCCAUGGGUUUUGGCUUUAGGUGUGGUUUCCUGGGGCUUCUUCACAUGGAAAUUGUUCAGGAAAGACUUGAGAGGGAAUACAAUCUCAGCUUAAUAACUACUGCUCCAAGUGUGGUCUACAGAGUGAACUGCACAAGCGGUGAAACUUUCUUGUUGUUUGUUAAUAAUGCACACUCACAAGUUCUACAUAGUGCUAACCCAAUGAUUUCAUCCAAUUUUUCUAAGGUGGAGUGUUCAAACCCAUCUGCGCUUCCUGAACCUGGCCUGCGGAGAUCAAUUGAGGAGCCUUUAGUGAAGAUUGAAAUGCUUACACCCAAAGACUAUAUCGGCUCGCUUAUGGAGCUUGCUCAAGAUAGACGAGGAGAGUUUAAAGAAAUGAAGUAUAUCGCUGAGAAUAGGGCAUCGCUCACUUACAAGUUGCCCUUGGCAGAGAUGGUGGGUGACUUUUUUGACCAGCUGAAGUCCAGAAGUAAAGGAUAUGCUAGCAUGGAAUACACUUUUGUCGGGUACGAAGAAAGUGAUCUGAUAAAGCUAGACGUCCACAUUAAUGGUGAGCCUGUUGAGCCAUUGGCAACAAUCGUGCACAAAGAUAAGGCAUAUCCCAUUGGAAGAGCUUUGACACAGAAGCUAAAAGAGCUAAUACCCCGGCAAAUGUUUAAAGUGCCCAUUCAAGCAUGUAUUGGUUCAAAAGUUAUAGCAAGCGAGGCCUUAUCAGCAAUCAGGAAGGAUGUGUUGGCUAAAUGCUAUGGAGGUGACAUUACAAGGAAGAAGAAAUUGCUGAAGAAACAGGCUGAAGGAAAGAAACGGAUGAAGGCGAUAGGAAAGGUGGAUGUGCCUCAGGAAGCAUUCAUGGCUGUGUUGAAGCUUGAAAAGGAGGUGUUGUAAAAAAAGGAGGGAAAAUUAACUGUAAGUAGCAUUCUGAACAGUUGAACAAAGGGCGGGAAAUUGGUUCCCCUUUCUCUCGUCUCGUUUACUGUUCUUCACAUUUUGUUCCGGUUCAUUUUGCUCUACACUUCUCAAGCCAAAUGCAAUCACAAGUAUAAAUAGGGGUAUAAAGCAUGGUCCAUGAAAUCGUAUCGUACCAGCGGUUUAACAACAAAAUAUCAGUAUUGAAGGCUAAACUGAUAGGCAGUAUUUAACGAUACUAACCGUUGAACUAC